CAACCUCCCAACGCGACAUCUGCUUAUUCUCCCCUUCCUGGGUAGUUGUUCUCAGCAGGGGUUAAGCGUCAGCCUCAGGAUACCUUUCCCUGUAGGCCUCUAACUGCACCUAGUUGGUUGUUCCGUCAAUCCAAUCCCGUUGGUGGCUUUACGAUGGGGGCUUCGGAGUCCAAGUUGGUCUUCAAGCAGGGAAUCUUCCGUCUCUCGGAGGAGAAAGAUAUCCCUCCAGAUGAUCCCUACUGGGCGAGAUUCUGGGAGCUCCCGGAGUCGACCGAGGAUGUCUUCAGUUUAUUUACCCCCGCAGACAUACGGCGAACCCGUGAUAACGCGACAUCGAAUUUCGAGACACUCUUGCUGUCGGUCACCUCACGCCUCACCGUCCUCAAGAAUCAUCCGUCCUUUCCAGACCCGGACCUAGCCCCCGACCGGGACGCGCUGAACUGCAUCCGCAUCCUCACCCGGAUCCUUCCCUUCGUAUACGAGGCCGACCACUUGGAGGGAUGGGAGGAGCAAUUCUUCUGGGCUCGUCGGAGGAAGAAGACCCGCGAGGCCCAGGUGGCGACGGAAGUGCUCUUUGACGAGGCGCAGGCUGGGGAACAGCGAGAUGCGGUAUCGCCUCGGGAGAGUGACUACGAGGAAGUGAAGCCUCUGGCGGAGGAGCUGAUCGAUACCUUAUUAGAUCUGCUGUUUUACACGGAUUUCACGAUUCCACCACUGCCUACGGCGGCGAGCAAAGUCUCGUUUUCCAUCUGGCAAAGCGGGGUGGGGUGCAAUACGUCUAUGGGCUCGAGCAAAGAACUCGAAAACAACCGCUGUGAGAUUCUAAGGUUACUGCUGACGCUGACCGGGCGGGCCAUGUAUAUGCCUUCAAAUCUAUUGCCGGUGCAGGGUGUUAAAGCCCUUACCUACAUCACGACAUGUUCGGACAAGCAGACUGUCUUGACACUUCUGUGCUCGUUGCUCAACACGGCUAUCAAGUACAACCCCGCAUCCUGGAAGGUUCCGUACGAUCAUGUCGUGUGGAAAGACCCCAAGCAGAUCUUGGUUAUCUACUGUCUGCAGCUGCUUCUCGUGCUGCUUCUGUAUCCAGUCCCGGAGGACGGUCGUGGUUCUCCUCCGAAGAAUUACUAUCGGCACUACUUCGGACGGCUACAUAGGCCGCAGGACUUCCAGUUUCUGGUCGACGGGAUGACCCGAAUCCUGAACCAACCCUUGCAAGCUACAAGCUCCUAUCUUCCUGGUAGUCAGAGAACCGUCAAGUGGGCCCCCGAGAUGCUGAUGCUCUUCUGGGAGGCGUUGCAGUGCAACAAGCGCUUUAGGUCUUUUAUCAUCGACUCCAACCGCUCUCACGAUUUUGUCAUUCUCUGCAUCUUCUACGCCAUUGCGUACAAAUCUGACCCCGCCAAACAAGGCGUGGUCCGGAUGUGCAUCUUCAUUCUCCAGACCAUGAGCGUGGACCCUAAUUUCGGGCAAAGCUUGAAUCUGAAAUUCGAGGCACAGGACACGCUCCCGCAAACCAUUCGCAUUCCCAACUUCCGAGGUUCUUAUGCGGAUUUCUUGAUCAUGUCCGUCCACACUUUGAUCACGACCAGCAAAGGCACGCUCACUGCAGUCUAUCCGGCGCUGUUGGCCAUCGUGAACAACCUCGCCCCUUAUGUGGAACACAUGUCUCCAGCGGCAUGCUCCAAGAUCUUGCAGCUGUUCUCGUCCAUGUCCGCGCCCAGUUUCUUGCUCGCAAACGACUCCAAUCACAACCUCCUCACUUCCGUGCUGGAGUCGAUCAAUUCGAUUCUAGAGCACAAGUUUACGAAAAACCCGUUCCUCGUCUAUGCCAUCCUGAAGUAUCGGAAACGCUUUGAGGCCGUGCGGUCGUUCACACUGGAGAGCGGACAGCAGGAGAUCGAACGACAGAACGAGAGAAGAAAGGACGAGAGCGGAUCCAGUGACUUUGUCGCCAGUCCGGUUCUCUCCGCCGCUGAGGAGGAUCCUCACACAUCGUCGGGUACGCGAUCUCCGCUGGGCCGCAUCCCGGAAGAACAUACGCCUUUUGCCAUUGGAGACGAGUCCGAUGAUGAGCAGGGCGAGCCCAAAACACCGGUGCACACAUCGCCGUCUGUGCAAAGCUCGCGACGGCCAUCAGCGGCGUCGACUAUCGACGAGAGUGUACCGCUACAACUACGAGGCAUGUCGGAAAAGGCACGGGGAAAGAUGCCGGCCGGGCAGCCGUCCUUUUCCCGACAGAACAGUAUGACCAGCCAGACCAGCGUGUCGGCGAUCUUCCCAACGUCUCCGAAUGGCUUCACGCCUACCACGGCAUGGCUCGAAUCCUGGCUUCCCGAGCUUCCCCUGCAUACCAUACUCACCAUCAUCUCGGCGAUCACACCGCACGUGCCGGAAUCGGCUUUCCAGAGCGCCUCCACCCCGGAGGCGCGCACUCUCAUCACCAACCUUCCGUCCUUCACGGAAGAUCCCGCCAUUCGCAUCAUCAUAGCCGAGCCUUCGCCUGUGCGCGUGCACACCUUUGAGUGGUCAGCCCUCUCGAUGGGCUGGUACGAGUCUCUUCUCUGGGGGUUCAUCUUCUCCAGCGAGAUGGUCGUGGGCACGGCGUCGGGUGCUACCCCGGGGACUGUGGGGGUCUGGAAUGGAACGGGGAUCAAGCUGUUCAAGGUCCAGGAGGCAGCAGCCCAGGGGCCGACGCUCCUUGCGCCCAAGGGAGCGGUGGACGCGGUUGGGAGCAACCUUGUACAGCGGAUUGGCAACCUCAGUCUCCGGCGCACGAGUACACAAGAAUCUCAAAACAACUCGCGACCGUCCUCUAUACGGGAAGUCUAGGAAUCGAGAGCACGAGGUCGUUGAUCGGAGAGUUUCUUGUACUGAUUGUGCUUGUUCCCAUGAUACCUGAGAG